CAUUUCUGGUAAUUAUUUUUCUGUGUGUGAAGUUGUAUUCAUAACCUCAAAAAAUUGUUAUGGAAUUUGCGCGUUCACCAAAAAAUUCUGUGGCUCUUUUGUGAAAAAAAAGUGCUAAAUAUGCAGAAAAACAUGGAAAUUGGUGAGAAAACUCAUUCAGAGACCUCAUUCUUUGUGAAUGGAAUAAAUGUGGAGGAAAUUGUGGGGGUAUUUGAGGAGCUAAGGCGUGCAAAUGAAAAAGGAGACAAGGCGUCACAAGUGGAUGUUCUCGAGAGGAUACAGAAACAUCUGGGAAACAAGCACAUCUUCAAUGAGCUCAGCAGCGAAGGGAUUCACUUUGUUCUCGAUCAGAUUGUUCCAUUUUUGAGUUCUGAGGAUGGGAAUGUUUGCUGGGAAGCUCAGGGAACUCUGCAGAAGCUCUUGCUGUUUAUGCGAAAAACUCACGUCACCCCGGAGAUAAAGACUCUGGCAAUUACCAUGUCAAAGACAAUAAUUGCAAAGUUGGAGAAGAUGUGCGAUGAGGGGAAUUCUCGAUGGUAUGGGAUCUGGUGCCUGUGGAUACAAAUGCUAAUUAAAGUAUUAAUUCCCCCAAAGGAAUUCUCAUCCAUCAAUUGUGUCCUAAAAGUCGUGGAGAAGGCAUUCAAGAACAAAAAUAUUGACAUCCGGACGCAAUCUUUUAUUUGCUGGAAGACUUUCCUGGAGGUUCUCGUUGAGGAGGAUCAGUUGUUUGGGAAUAAAAUAAACCUCAUUUCAAUGCCACUCUGCUACACAACAUUCUUUAAUAAUCCCCUUGCUGAGAUUAAGUUCAACACUUGGUGGUACUUUCUUUGCCACACCAAAGGGAAAAUUCAGAAGGAGAACUACGUCAUUUUCAGUUCUUUCCUCAAGUUCUGCUUUGAACCCUACACUACAAUUCAAAAUGGACUAAUGAUAACGAAGACUACGUACGUAUCGCCAGGGAAGAAGAUUUCUGCUCUUCGUGUAAAAGUGAUUUGUGCCCUAAUUCACAUGUUAGGCCCUGCAAAUGAAGCCACAAAAGUUUCCUGGAAGAAGUGUGAUCUCCCCCAAGGAAUUGAGGGCAUAAUUGAUGAAAAUAUCUUCAGAGCCAUUGAGACGGAAGUAAUUUUGAGUUGUCAGGAAGCAACACUUAUGCUGAGAAUGUUCAGUGAUAUGCAAAGUCCCUUCAGUGUUUGUCGGAAUUUGUGGAAGAAUCUCAUGAGGUUGCUACCCAAGGAGGACACCCUCAAGUCCCUGAAGCUCCUCUGUGACGUGUUGAAUGUUUUCCGGAUGGAAUGUGAGAAGGAUUCCCGAGUGCAGUACUACCUGCAGAUUGUUCUUCAGGAAGUCACAUCAUUUGACUACGGGAAGUGCUUUGAUGCACCUGAACAGAAACUUCUUCUCCUCGAAAUCUUUCAGUGCCUCACGAACUUCCUCUUCAAUGCCCCACCGGAGAUUCUUUGGGUGGAAUUUCUCGAAGUAAUUGCCAAGUUCUUCUUCCAAAUCUGCAGCAAAUCAAAGCACGAAAAUAUGUAUGAGAACAUCUUGAAUAUCAUCGUGAAGGUGAAUGUGAGGCAGCUGAUGAAUCCACGGGCAUUCUACAUCUUCUUUGCGGCCUUUGCCAAGUACAUCCGGGCACACCAGAAGUUUCUUGAGCCAAAAGAGAAGCCCAAAUUCAGAGACACCGUCUGUGAGACCCUGUUCACAUGGGCCGCGGGGAACUACAGCCAAUACCCCUCAAAGAGUGAUUUUGUCAAAGAUUGGGGACCAAUUGGUGUUGAAAUUCAAACUCUCGGCAUUACAUCCUUGUUUGCCUUCAUUGCAGGGCAUCUGGGAAAGGCAGAAAAGGAAUUUUUACCCAUCUUCAAGUCACUACUUAAACAUGAUUCAGUUAAAACAAACAAAUCCGACGAAGAUUCCUUUGUGGAAAUCACCCCAAAGAGUACAAAAAUCAUGCCUUACAAAUCAAAUCUCCUGACUGAAUCACAAAAGGAUAAAAUGUACAAACGUGCUGAAGACAUUCCGGCUCUCUACAAUGAUCUCACGGGUGAUUCAAUGCCAGCACAUCCUGCCAUGUUGCAAUCUGAAUCCAAUUCCGUUGUUGAUGCAACACAAUCUUCUACAAGUACAAAUGAUCGUGAAGCAGCAAAGAAAUCACGAAUUUUGCGAGAAUUGGAGCGUCUCAAGACGGAUACAGUUGAGGGUCAGCGGGGUGUUCUUCCGUCGAGAUCUGAGCGGAGGAAGGCAAAGUCAAAAGAUAGGGAAAGUGAGGAGGGCAGUAGGACGAGGAAGAGAGUCUCAAAGGAUGGACGGGGGUCUUCAACAGAGAGUCGUGGAAGUUCAAAAGAUAGCCGGGAGACUUCGGUGGAACGACGGGGAACAUCAAAGGAUGUCCGGGAAGCAUCAAAAGACAGCCGAAAGUCCCUGAAAGGUAGGGAAGCUUCAAAAGACGAUCAGGAAGCUCAAAAUAAGCGUAAAGAAAACGUCUCGACGCCUAAAGUUUACAAAAAUUCAAACAAAACACAAAAUACGACAAUUUUGCGAAAAACCAGAAGGAAUUCAGUUGCAAAGGAGCCUGAGAAGGCAGAGAAAAAUCCUUCAGAGGUGGAAAAGAUUUCUUCAACAACAUCCAAAGCCACAGAAUCACCGUCAGAAAUUUCCAAAGUGAAUGGACAAGUACGAGGGGAGAAGAGAACCAUGAGGAGGUCUUCAGUUGAGGAUCAGGAAGAAGCUGAGAAUGACAGAGAUGGAGAAUUAUCGUUUUUGGGGAAAAUUUCAAAUACUCCCCCUAAGCUGGGGAAUCAACUGCAUGAUCACAUGUAUUCAAUGCAGAAGACACCACCCAAGAAGGCCAAGAUUACCUCAGCAACAAUUGAGGUGAAAGAUGAGGCUUUCGAGGAAUUUGUGAGUCAAAUGUUGCGAAGAGAAAUGGAAGGAACUAGCCAGGAUGAGACGGGAUGUGAGGAACAAGUAAAUAUUGACAAUGGGGACAUCAAUGAGAGAUCUCUGGAGCUGAAUUUGAGGGAACAAUCAGAGAAAACACCGGAAAAGAUGUGUUUGGAAGUUCCGCCGUCCAGCCAGCAGUCCGUUAAGUUAUUUGGGAGAGAACCAACGGGGACGCAAAAUCUCUUUUCGGACACACCUGAAGAAUCUCUGCGGAAUGCGCCACAAAAUGAUCUUUCUCACGCAGACACACAAGUUCAGACGCCCUUCGAUGAGGCUGCCAAUAAUUCUCUGUCUGAAUCAUUAAUUGUCAACAAGCAGACGCCUAUAGUGAUUGAUGAUGAUCUUCCGGAGAUUUUAAUUGAGGAUAACAAAGACAAUAUUGUGGAUUCUCAACAGGAUACAUUGAUUCAGUCGCAACAGGACACACUGAUUGAAUCUCAACAGAACACGGUGAUUUGUCCUCAACAAAAGAACCUCAAUGAAUCUCAAAAAGAGCGUGAGAAAUCUUCAAAUCCCAAUUCUCUUUUGAAAGCUAAAUACAGAGUUAUGCAAAAUACAGGCGAACAAACCCCCAAACACACUCCACUGCCCCGAGGAUGGAUUAAAGGGAAAGAAAGUCCGCAGGUGGAUCAUUCCACACCUGUUGGUUCACCCAAAUUCACAUCCAGAGCCGCCCAAAUGCUCUCUAUGACUGCCUCAAGCCCAUCCACAUCGAAGCAAGAGGAUUUGAGUGCGAAGAAACCACCUCUACCUACUGUCCAGAUACCAAAGGACUUCUUCCGCUUCUCAGCUGUUGCCCCACCGCUCGAUGCAACGCCUAAACUUGGGAUUCUCAAGAGGAAGAGGGAGACGAAUCUCAAUGAUUCCGAUAUGUCGUCAAAGAAACGACGAAUUCACUUCCAUGAUCCUCCUGUUACGCGGACAAAGGAGUACAUCCUGGAAGAGUCUGAGAAGGCAGAGAAGCUGAAAGUGAAUGCAUCGCCAAUCCCGAUAGCCACACAUCGUGCCAAUCUUCUCAUGGAUUCACCACCACAAGCUGAAUCCGGUGAGAAUGAUGGGAAUGAUAGUGAUUGGGAAGAUUUAGAUGAGGAUGUGCCUGUUAAUCCCAUCCCCUUGAGCGUUCCUCCUGACUCACAUCCCAAGGUAAGUGCGACAAUUGUAAAACCUCUGAGGCAGUAUGGGCCGAAAAAGAAGGAGAAACAUUUGAAGAUUGCCACGGAGCCCAGUGGUAUUGAUGCUGGAGAGAGCAGCUCAUCGGGGAUUGAGGAGAGUGAUAAAACGCCUGAUCGUACAGAAGAGAGGGAGGAAAGUAAAUUGUUCUUCUACAGCGAUCAAGAGGCAUUCCAGUAUGUUUAUGACAAUAUGAAGGAUAAAUUUCUCGAUGCAAUCCUCGAGGAAGCAAAUGAGUCUCCCAUGCAGUUCAUUCAGCAACUUCUUUGCCUCAAGAAAUUCAAGGAGAAGGUACAUUCAUUGAGUUCAGUAGAGACUAUUGAACUCAUGAUGAAUGGUAUUCUGCAAUUCUUGAAAAAUUAAUUUUGUAACGAAAUCCGAUAAAUGUAAAUACAAUGAAGUUUUUACAAAGA